AAACACACGUACAAACAGAAUGGGAAAGAAAGGAAACAGGGGAGCUCGAGGGGGGAAAACAGAAAGGGAAAAGAAAGGAAGGGAAAAGAGGGAAGAUGGGGGAAAACGGAGAACAGGAAGGGAGACAGAGGACGAGGGAGAAGAAGAGAGGGGGAGGAACAACGCUAUGGAGCUUGGUGCCGCUGCCGAGCUGCUGUCGCAGAGAAGAAAGGGAGAGGCGAACGUGACCCACGGAGGAGAGGAAGGAGCUGCCGUCGAGCCACGCCCCGUUGCCUUGUUCGUGUAUCGCGGUUGCUGUUCGCUGAGGGUGAGACACGAAGAGAAGGUGCUGACCUGCACCAUCGUGCCUCGCUAUCUUCGUCGAGCCUUCAUCAUUGUCGCUCCCUAUUCCCGUUGCCAUCAGGGUUUGCUGCCGCUGCCAUUGAGAGUGACGCAGCAGAGGAGGAGUCGUUCCUCUUCCGCCGCCGUCGCCGGAGACCUUGGUUGCUGUUGUUCAUAUGGUUGUUGGAAUCGUUACAGCUGGAACUUGUCACCGGGGGAGAGAAGCGGCUACACUAUCCUCUUCGUUUUGACAUUGAACCUCUAUUUCUAACCCUUAUUAUGGUGUUAUGCUGAAAUUGCGAAAUUGCCGUUGCUGCGAGCGUAACAAGAAUUGAUGAUGCUGCCGCCGUCUCGGUUGCGUUGAAAUCGCCGCUGCAGUUGCCAGUUUAGACUAAGCAGGGAUUGUUGCGUUAAACUAUGCGAUUGCGACAUCGAGGUAGGGGGUUUAAAAUGAUUUUAAUUUAGAAAUGCCUACAAGGUUUAUUGAAUAACUGCAAAUAGAUUUAAUAUCUGUGAGUAAUUGAUUGACUAUGUGAAUAUUGAAUUGUGGCUGAAAUUGUGAUUGAAAUGGUUGAGAUUGUUAUUUGGAAUUGUUGAUUA